CCCCCGCCUGGCACGAUGUCCCGCCCCCGGCGGCUCCGGCUCCGCCCCGUUCCGCCGCCAGAGCUCGGGGCGCGACGCCCUCUCCAGGCUCUGCUCCCGCGCCCUAUUUGGUUAUCCGGGGGGCAGGCAACCCGAGGGGAGGCGCGCGCGGCGGAAGGGGACACGAAGCUGGUGCCGGGUCCGCGAGGGAACCGUUCUCGCCGCCAAAGACCUCAGUUCGGGUCCCACGCGGCGUCGCGUCCUUCUCUCAGAACAAUGGGGCUCGGCGCACGAGGAGCCUGGGCAGCGCUGCUCCUGGGGGCCCUGCAGGUGUUGGCCCUGUGGGGGACCACCGUGGACAGCGCAGCAGAUUCGCAGGGAUAUACAAACUUAAAGAAUUCUACGCUUCCACAAAAGAACAUUGCCAACACAACAGGGAGUGUCAUACAGUUGCCACCCAGCCAUGCAAAUGAAAUGUCCAACAGCACCUUGAAACAGUUAACAACUCCAGUUUCCUCCACCUCAAGCAAUGUGACAGCACCCAUAGCAGCAUUUAAUGUGACAUCAGGGGUCUCUACAGAUACCUCCACCACCUUAAAGUCUACACCCAGUACAACAGGUGUUUCGCGAAACACAUCCCAGAUGACCACAACCCAUAAUAGUUCAGUGACAUCUGUUUCUUCAUCAGUAACAGUCACAGCAACUGUUAAUUCUAAGGAAAAUAAAGGAUCAAAAUUUGAUAUUGGCAGCUUUGUUGGUGGUAUUGUGUUAACACUGGGAGUUUUAUCUAUUCUUUACAUUGGAUGCAAAACCUAUUACUCAAGAAGAGGCAUUCGGUAUAGAACCAUCGAUGAACAUGAUGCCAUCAUUUAAGAAAAUCCAAGGACCAAGGAAAGAAGAAAGAUUGAUGCAGCCCUAUCAAUUAAUUUUGGUUUACUAUUAGUUUAAAAAAUAUUUUCUUGAAAAUAGUAUAAACAGACCAUGCAUAUAGUAAAAUGUAUUAUGCAGAUGUUCCUCAUAAUUACUAAAGGUAAAAAAGUUUGGGUUUGUGUUUUUUUUAAUGAACAUUUGGAGCUUAUAAACAGUGUAGUAGUUAUAUUCACUUCUGGCAAAUAUGGAGUAAGACAAGCAAGUCCUCUCCCAUUUUUUUUGUGGCAUUGGUCACAUAGGGCCAGUAAUUGGAAGACAUCAUCACUGCAGGGCAGGGUGCCAUCUGGGUAUGUAAAUAAGGAGCUCAUCACAGCACUUGGAUUUUGAGUGUCUUUGUUGCUCACACAAAGGAUUCCAGUGCCUUUUAGAGCUGAAUUUAUCUUAAUUACUAAUGCUGUACAGCAGAAAUUAUACAGUUCAGCAAUGUAAGUAUAAUUUUAGUUUGUCUCUUCAAAAAGCAGCAACACUUUUGAUAUGUUUCAAGUAUAGUAGUUGGUUUAGAAACAUAAUACACACACACACACACACACAUCUUCAAAUAAAACCAGAAACAUUAUCUGAGCUUAACCUUCAUAGAAAUACAGUGGAGCACUGGAGAGGAUGUAUUUUUAGUAAUAACUUCUUUUGAGCUUUCAGUGGUAGUUGAUAUAAAAUUCUUUUUGACUUUUCUCUUUAUUAUUUCAGUAAGUUGCAAUGUUUAACAUGAUAGUGUUUUAAAGACUUAGUUGUUGGUAUUAAGUAAUCCUUGCAUUAUAGGAGAGAACUCCUAGAAGUAGAUUAUUUGCUACUGUAAGAAUAUUGUCAUCACUGGAAAUUGCUUUUUAUGUCAUAUUCACUUAAUUUUAAUUUUAUAUUUAGGAAAUAUUUUUAAGAGAUGUAGAGCUGCUUUCAAUAUUUGGAAAUGUCUGAUGGAGUGUAAACAAACAUAACUUAAAAAAAAAAGUCCUUGAUAUGGUUUCCAAAACAGUGUUUAGAAUUCCAUAUAGUCAAAACUAUAGAUUAAUGCUGUUUAACAAGCCAGGAAUUAGGGGGUUCCCCCAAGGAUACUAAAAGCUGCAGGAUGAAAAUGCUGCAUUUUUAUACCUUACCAGUUUUGUUGGAAAGAUUUGGGGAAAGAGCAUUUUUUAUACUAGAACAAACACAAGUAUAUUUUGGAAUGAAUUAUUUUGAAGUUUUAAAACAAAUUUUUAAGACAGGAAAUUUCCUCUUUCCUUAUUUGGGUAUUUCCCCAGACCACUCCCGUUUCUCAAUUCUGAAAAGGGGGUACUUUUAGAUGCAUUAUGUUAAUGUGGGAAAAGCACAGUAUUGUAAGGAACACCAGAACUAGCUAAUGUAUUUUGGAAUAUUUUCAGUUUUUUAGUUUAUCUACCAGUACUCAAAACUCAGGGUCAAGGUUUGACAAAGAAGGUAUUUAGGCAUACUGUAAAUACUAAGAUAGUAUUCCUAUCUCAGAUGGCCAAAGUAAAGCACACCAUUAUCUGACAUAGUCCAAAAAUGAGUUAAGAGGUCCUAAUGAACAUGUGUCUAAAUUUAAUAGAAAUAAAAUAUGACUUGUGAUCAGCUUUUGGUUUGCCGAGACUGCCAGAUACCAAGAAUCUUGGUAUAAAGGAUCAUUUCUACUUGUUGUGCAUUAUGACCAUGGUGAUAAAUAUUGAUGAUAACAAGUAUCUAAAAUAUGUUUGUGAUAGGAUGUAUAUAACACAUGCAGUUGGAGGAAAUUUUAUGAAAUACGUGUGUUUAGAAUAAUUUGAAGAGAUGUGGAUUGAUAGGUGAGUUGUAUAUUACUAACUUUGUCCUAAAUUGGUUAUUCAAUCACUGCUUCCGUUUCUUUGCAAAAUACAAUUAAGAUAUCCUUUAUAGUAGUGGGGGCCUUUUAAAUUUAACUGGUUCUGUCUUUUGCAUUCUUGAUAUUUCAGACUUCAAGUCGGUCAGAACUUUGUGGGUAGAUCUGAAGUUUUUCUUGAAUAUUUGUUUCUUUUUUAGCACUUUGAAGAUGCAAAACCACUUUUUAAGUACUAAAUGUCAUUGUUUUCCUUGAAAAUAGUUAACUUUGCUAUGAGUUUGAAAUUAUUUUAGUUACAUCUUUUUUCUGUAUCUAAGUAGUAGAAUUUGUUAGUUUUAAAUACCGGUACUUUAUCAGUGCGGUCAGUUGUUUUUCUGUUUUCUUUGUUUGUUUGUUUUAAAGGAAAUAAUGAUGCAAAGCAAUGUUUUGCUCUAGGACAUGUUAUCUAAGUGCAGAUUUAUCUUCCUAAUUAUGUUUACUUAAAUAGAUGUUCAAAUGUAUUUACAUUCCUUGAGAAUGUAUCUGUUUGACUAUAAAAGCAACCCAGAUGUAUGUCUAAAUAUUAGGCAAAAGCCAAUGUAGGAUUUUAAAGUUUCCUUGGAUAAUCUAUAAAAUGAAUAAUUCAAACACAGA